UUGGAUAGCUUAACCGUAGCUUGUCAACGCGGAGACCAUGAUAUGGCCUCGCAAACCUACUACUGGUGAUACCCCCAACAUCAAUUGAUUGUUCAACUUUCCGCGGUUCUGUCUCUUUUUCUGUACCCUACGGGCUUUCAAAACUUCCUGUCCCUCCCUCUGUGCGAUGUGCAUCUGAACUGCGCUACACCCAUUGCCAUACACAUAAACGCCUCUCGAACAACAGGAUGACAACCUCGGAACUCGCGCCGCCCUCUCAGGCGAGAAGAAACAGGAGAGCGCGAAGACGUAGGCAAGACAAGCCAGCCAUAUCAGCCAGGCUGAUCCUCGACGACCACGAUGUAAGGGGAGACGUGGGCAUUGUAUCCGAGGACCUGUUCGCAGACCUCUUCCCCCACCUCCGUGAUGCACUCUCUCACGAAGACGGAUCCGAAGAUGUACAUCACGUUGCCAUCGCUCCUUGGGAACCGAGCCCUACCGCGACCGAAACCGCCUGGACCGUAGUGCCUGUCGUCAAAUCCUCGGCCCUCAAGCCCUCGACCGUCCAGUUCUCGCCCUCGUCCUUGUCGCUGCAGAACUUUGCCACAAUACUCCAACAAGUCGCGCCAUCGAAGCUCUCGAGCAACAGCCGCAGCGGUAUCGAAAUCCAGAUACUCGACGUCGUCACCCUCUCUCUCGAUACAGUAUAUGUGAGCCUGGAGAGCGAGUUGACGAGGCGCUUGGAGCAGGGCGAAGGCACCUUUUAUCGCGAUCACCCGAGCAAUGGAAAUGGCAAAGGUCCCACAGGCCCCGAUGCUCCUGAAGGCCGCCUGAUCUCGGCCUUGCGUGUCGCGUUGGGGAGCCUGAAGGUCUUGCACUCCGGCGACCUCUUCCCUUUGCCGCUCCCGCCGCACCCGGUCACCCAUAUCCCCCCAAACCCGGGCAAGAUUAUGCUCUGCGAGCCUGUCAGUCAGGGCAUCUUAUCCGAGAGCACCAAAAUCAUCUUGAUGCGAGGACGAGUACACACAAAGCGCGGCCAGGUCGCUCCUUCGAUCCCCCCGAACCGAAAACUGAAUGGUGUUCCUGAGGAUGAGGAGGACGACACGGCCAAUGACCAGUUCUACUCGGCUGCCGAAGACCGGUACAAGACCGAUGCUGCGAACACGGAAAUAGACUCCGUGACCGAAACAGAGGAGUCGGAACUCUCCGGUAUCGAUCAGGAUGACGACCUUUCCGAUGAUUCCAUGGACGACAUGAUCUCUCUGCAGGCUCCAACGCUGCCUACCACCGCGGCAAGUGGUGUGUCCACAAUGCAGCCAGGUACUCCGAUGACCCUUGGGAGAGGGCGGAAGACCAAUGGAAUUGCCACUCCCGUCUCUGUAUUUUCCAACUUCACUGCAACUACGGCCCGUCCGGACCGGCCCCGAGGUCGACUUUUCAAGGCUCAGGGGCUGAUUCGUACUAUUCCCGUGGACCUUCUUCAUCCCAAACCGGCACCGGAGGACGAUGAUGAAGCUAGAAUCUUUGUAGACAUAUCUUCGUUAUCCAAGAUUGGCUGCUUUUCAGGAGACUGGGUCCGCGUCGAGGCUGCCGAAGAACCCCCCACAAAUGGUUUCGGUGCGUUUGGUCUCGGCAGUUUCACAUCACUCGAGCCUGCCGAGUCCAAUUGGAGGCCUGUACGAGUAUACGGCCUGCCAGAGGGGUACACUCAGCGUCCAGUAACGCGCAUACCGAGCGCAAAGCACGGCGAACGUAGGCUGUCGUUCUUCGAGUCUCAACUUCAGAAGCCAAGUAGUCCGGCAGCGUACAUCUCUCCAAUCUUGUUGGCAAACCUCGAUGAGCCCUCGUAUCUCAGACUAGCACCCAUCAAACGAGGAACGUACCAAGGAAAGGGGACUCUUCCAAAAUUCACGAGCGCCUCGCGCCCCCCCUAUGCACGCGAUAUCACGAUACAGCAUGUUCGCUCGCCCGUGACCGCGGAACGAGCCUAUCAGUCGGCGGUUCUGGGUGGCCUUAAGCGGUACUUUGCCCAGAAGAUUCGACUUGUACGGACUGGCGAUCUCAUCGCCGUGCCCAUCGACACACAGUUGGGUAAAGCUCUCCAAGAGCAGCCCAGCGGAGGCAAUGGAUCGGAAGUGGACGACGUGAUGGCCUUGUCGAAAGAAGGGUCGUCGAGAUACGAUCAAGUGGCAUGGUUCAAGGUCGGGCAUAUCCAGUUCACAAAGUCUGAUACCGACAAUGAUCAGUCUGAGGAGUUGUGGGGAGGGGUCGCAUGCAUCGAUAGUUCGUCUGUCGCGAUGCACGGCUCUGGGUUCGCCACGAAUCGCCUCCCCGCAACCAAGUCCAAUACCUGGCCAUACUACCUGGGAGUGAAGAGAUUGCCAUCAAAGGCGCCGAGCGCUUCAUCACUGACGUUUCCCGAACAAGAUCAACGUUAUAUCUCGCCUCUCCGGCGGCGCCUGCGGGAGUUGCUAGCAGCAGCUACUAGCCCCAGGGCUGUCCACCUGAAGAUGCCGCCUGUUGCGAUCCUGGUGACUGCCACUCACCGCAACAUUGGCAAAGCGACUAUCGCAUCAGACGCUUGUUCGGAUAUUGGCCUGCACACGUACUCAAUCGACGCCUAUGAUAUCCUCAGUGAAGCUGGGACUAGCGGCAGUGACGUGAAGACAGAGGGACUCCUGCGAACCAGAGCCGAGAGAGCAAUGAGCUGCGGACCAGGAACCACGGCCUUGCUGAUCCGGCAUGUUGAGGCUUUGACGGCUGAGCGUCUGGUUUCAACAAUGAAGGAGAUUCUUCAGGACACAAGGGUCUUGAUUGCAACAACCAGCGAUGUUGAUAAGGUGCCUGAUGGAGUUCGCGGCCUGUUCAGCCACGAGCUCGAAAUGGGAGCCCCCGACGAAGCUGAACGUGAAGGUAUCUUGAGGGCCAUUAUCGAAGACCGGGGUAUCAACCUGGACCCCGAAGUUGACCUCAAUGGCAUCGCCCUGAAGACCGCGGCGCUGGUAGCCGGUGACCUUGUCGACGUGGUUGACCGGGCACUUAUCGCACAGCGCCUGAGGCUUGAGCAGAUUUCUUCAAAGACAGAUACCAAUGGCCAGACCGUGACAGUUCGAGACCUUCAGGUUGCUGGUGGACCGAUGGCGCGUUGCGUCACCAAGAGCGACUUUGAAGUCGCGGUCGAGGCCGCGCGAAAGAACUUUGCAGGCGCCAUCGGCGCACCCAAGAUUCCAAACGUCACAUGGGACGACGUCGGUGGUCUGACCAAUGUUAAGGACGCGGUGACGGAAACCAUUCAGCUGCCCCUCGAGAGACCCGAACUCUUCGCCAAGGGCAUGAAGAAGAGGUCGGGUAUCUUGUUCUAUGGACCUCCCGGUACCGGAAAGACCCUGUUGGCGAAGGCUAUUGCGACGGAGUACAGCUUGAACUUCUUCAGUGUCAAGGGUCCCGAGCUACUCAACAUGUACAUUGGUGAGUCGGAAGCCAACGUCAGACGUGUGUUCCAGCGUGCCAGAGAUGCCCGCCCUUGCGUCGUCUUCUUUGACGAGUUGGAUUCGGUGGCGCCGAAGCGUGGAAACCAGGGAGACAGCGGUGGUGUAAUGGAUCGCAUCGUUUCGCAACUCCUUGCUGAGUUGGACGGCAUGUCAGGAGGCGACGAUACCAGUGGCGGCGUCUUCGUCAUUGGCGCCACGAACAGACCUGAUUUGCUCGACGCCGCCCUCCUCCGUCCAGGACGUUUUGACAAGAUGCUCUAUCUCGGCGUGUCUGAUACUCAUGACAAGCAGCGGACAAUCCUCGAGGCUCUCACCCGAAAAUUCACCCUCCACCCCGCAGUGUCUUUACAAGCCGUUGCGGACCGCCUGCCCUUCACCUACACUGGAGCCGACUUCUACGCCUUAUGCAGUGACGCGAUGCUCAAGGCCGUCACGCGGCAAGCCGCCGCUGUCGACGCAAAGAUCCGCGAGAUCAACGCCGAGAGGCCGCAGGGACCCAUCUCGACGGCCUACUUUUUCGAUCACCACGCCACACCAGAGGACAUUGCCGUGAUGGUCACCGAGGAGGACUUUAUGAAUGCGCAUAAUGAGCUCGUGCCGAGUGUUAGUGCCGGCGAGCUUGCGCACUACGAGAGUGUGAGGGCUAGCUUUGAGGGGUCGCCGGACAAGCAGCAGCAGCAGCAGCAGCCACAGCAACGGCCAGCUCCCGCUGCCGCCGCGGCGGGUGGGGGCAACAGGGCUGUUUCUGCGUCCUCGAUUGUUUCGAGAGCUAGUUCCAAGGGAAAGGGCAAGGCGACUGCGGCCGCGUCGUCCAAGGGGAAGGGAAAGGCCCUGGCACUAGAUAGCGAUGAUGAUGAGUACGGGUCCGAAGAUGAUGGCACUGUUACGAAUGGCAAGGGAAAGGGGAAGGGCAAGGCCGUUGCGACAUUUCAGGAUGGAACGGCUAGUGAUGAUGAGGGAUUGUACUAGCCCUUUAGGACAGAAAGCAAAAAGAAAAUGAAGGGCCGUUGAGAUACCGACACUUCUUUGAAAUGCAUACUCGGAAUUUGUAGGGAUUAUUUUGUUCCCAAUAGGCCUAACAGGGAGAG